UCAUCGCUCAGUUCCGCGCUUCCCUCCCUGGUCCCGCCUGUCUGACACGAUCUGGAGACGAGUGCAAGCCAAAAGGCCACGCAGGGUCGCAUUUUGGUCCGCUCGCUCUGGUCAAAUAAUCGACAGGCAGCAAAGGCAGCUUCUUGACUCUUGCUCCUACUGACAACACCACCAUCAUCCUCUUGUUCUUUCCUUCCUCUUCGCCACCUACUCGUUAGACACAAGACAGUCGCAAGCGUUCGCUCGUCUCUGAGCUGCAACCGCGAUGUCGUCGUCGUCACCAUCAUCAUCAUCACAUCCUCCCGCGCCGCCGGCUCAGGAUGGCCUGCAGCCUGUCUCAGUCUCUGAUCGUCCGCAGGAGCCCCUCGUCGAGGAGGCGGCAGGUGCAGUAGAUGCUCAGCAGUCUCCAAAGCAAGCCGGUGCCUCCGUCGAGACAGCGGCGCUGGGCGCAGCUUUGAUGGCAGGAGGGACGGGCGCUGUUGGCGUAGGAGGCGUUGAAUCGAGGGAUGCUGUUGGCGCAGCAAGUGCUCCACAACCUCACGCCACAGCAUCGAAUGGCAGCGCGGCCGGUGUCACAGCCACCACAUCUUCCUCCGCAGCCUCGUCAUCGGACGCUUCGCACCCACAAAAGACGUCCAACGAUCCAGCUUCGUCCGACUCGAAACACGACUCGUCAGAAGGAAGCAGCGAUGAGGACUCGGAGGAGUCUGACAGCGAGAAGGUCUAUCGAGCUACCCUCUACGAUCUCUUCUUCCGCUUUGCCACGCCCUUUGAUCUCGCCUUCAAUGCCGUCGGAAUCGUUACCGCCAUCGCAGCUGGCGCAGCCCAGCCCUUGAUGACCAUCGUCUUUGGUAACCUUACUUCGUCUUUCCUGCAGUAUUCCUACUCGCUCAACCAGCCGCCAGCCGUUCAGGAGGCUGCGAGGCAGACGCUCAAGGAUGCCGUUGCCAAAGAUGCCCUCUUGCUCCUUUACAUUGGUAUCGCCACCUUCGGCGCCACCUACAUCUACUCGGCCGCAUUCGUGUACACGGGCGAGGAGGUGACGAGGCGAUUCAGAGAGACGUUCUUGGCCUCGACAUUGCGUCAGGAUAUCGCUUACUUCGACAAGGAGGGCGCAGGAUCCAUCACCACACGCCUCCAGAGUGACACGCACCUCAUCCAGGAGGGCAUCAGCGACAAGAUCCCAAUGUCCGUCAUGUUCAUCGCCACCUUCUGCACGGGUUUCAUCGUCGCCUACAUCAAGUCGUGGAAGCUCGCGCUCGCCAUGACCUCGAUUGUGCCCUGCAUCAUCGUCGCUGGAGCGGUCAUGAACGUCUUUGUCACGCGCUUCCACCAACUCGAGCUCGAGUACGUGGCGCAUGGUGGCUCGCUGGCUGAGGAGGCUCUGAGUACCGUCCGAACGGCAAAGGCGUUUGGCGCCGAGUCUCGUCUUGUUGACCUCUAUGACGAGUCGAAUCGCCUUACCACUCGACAGGGAGUCAAGAAGGCACUCAUGCAAGGCAUUGGGCUGGGCGUCUUCUUUUUCAUCAUCUACUCGGGAUAUGCACUCGCCUUCUACUUUGGAUCCAAGCUCAUCGCCAGCGGUGAGAUUGCGCCCGGCGUCGUCAUCAACGUCAUCUUUUCCAUCCUCAUUGGAGCAUUCAGUAUGGCCAUGCUUGCGCCCAACUUGCAGGCUUUGUCUUUCGCCUUUGCCUCGGCGGGCAAGAUCAUCGCCACGAUUGACCGAGUGCCCUCCAUUGACUCGGCCUCGCCUGACGGCCUCAAGCCGGAUACUUGCGAGGGUAACAUCGAGCUGCGCAAUGUCGACUUCCGCUACCCUGCGCGUAAGAACAUCCAGAUCCUCUUCAACUUCUGCCUCUCCGUGCCAAAGGGCAAAACGACUGCCUUGGUGGGCGCGAGUGGCUCGGGAAAGUCCACCAUCGUCUCGCUGGUCGAACGCUUCUACGAUCCGGAGGCAGGCCAGGUCUUCCUUGACGGGCACGACCUCCGCGACCUCAACGUCACCUGGCUGCGCUCUCAGAUCUCUCUUGUCAGCCAAGAGCCCACGCUCUUUGCCUGCUCGAUCCGCGACAACAUUCUGCACGGCCUGAUCAACCGUGGCCACGCUACUGGGCUCGAUGACGAGAAGCGCCAAGAGCUCGUCGUUGAAGCGGCCAAGGUGGCCAAUGCGCACGGCUUCAUCCAGCAGCUACCCAAGGGCUACGACACUCUCGUCGGCGAGCGUGGUUUCCUGUUGAGUGGCGGGCAGAAGCAGCGUAUCGCAAUCGCUCGGGCAAUUAUUGGCAACCCCAAGAUCCUCCUCCUCGACGAGGCCACAAGCGCUCUUGACACUCAGAGCGAGGCUAUCGUGCAGGACGCUCUCAACAAUGCCGCUCAGGGUCGCACCACGAUCACAAUCGCGCAUCGCCUCUCUACGAUCCGCGACGCAGACAACAUCGUCGUGAUGGGCAAGGGAGAGAUUCUCGAACAAGGCUCGCACAGCGAGCUUCUCGCCGCCAAUGGAGCGUAUGCUGGCUUGGUCGAUGCACAAAAGAUCUCUGCAAAUGAGGAGGCCAGCAACCUCUACAACGAUGAUGGUCAGAUCGAUGAGCAAGAGGUAGCCAAGGAGGCCAAGGCCGAGAUGCCUGCUGGACUGGACCGCACAUUCAGCAAGAAGAGCAUUGCCUCCGUCGUGCUGGGUCGCAAGGCUGACGAGGAGGCAGGGCGCAAGGAGCACAAGAUGGGCACACUCUACUGUCUCUACCGCCUGCUCCUCAUCAAUCGUCGCUACGCUUUGACACUCUACCUGCCCGCCGUCCUCUGCUCCGUUGCCAGCGGUGCAGUGUACCCUGCCUUUGCCAUUCUUAUGGGCACGGCCCUUCAGGACUACUCGGUCUGCGCCAGCCCGGACAAGAUGGAGUGCCCUCAACCGCAGCGUGGGGAGAUGCGUCACAACUCGGAUCGGAAUGCUCUCUUCAUGUUCAUCAUCGCCAUCCUGGCGUCAAUGGCCAUCGUCUUCCAGACAGGAUCCCUCAUGCUGGCUGCGUCAAUCCUCAUGGAGAAGCUCCGCAAGAUGACGCUACGCGCCUACCUCCGAGCAGACUGCGCGUUCUUCGACCAGGACGGUGUCUCCAGCGGCACUCUCACCAAUGCGCUAGCGGACAACGCGCAGAAGAUCAACGGCCUCGUCGGCGUCACGUUGGGAACUGUACUGCAGUCUAUUUCGACGCUCAUCGUUGGCUUCAUCAUCGCGCUUGCGUAUGGCUGGAAGCUCGCGCUGGUCUGCAUCGCCUGCACGCCUCUGACGCUUUCUGCAGGCUUUGUGCGCCUCAAGCUCGUGGUGCUCAAGGACGCCAAGAUCAAAAAGGCGCACGAGGGAUCAGCGCAGCGCGCUUGCGAGGCUGCUGCGGCUAUCCGGACGGUGCAGAGCCUGACGCGCGAGGUCGACUGUCUGGAUAUCUACAAGAGGGAGCUCGUCGAGCCAGGCAAAGUCACACAUCGUGCUGCCUUCCUCUCAAACAUCCUCUUUGCCCUCAGCCAGGCCUUCUCGUUCGGCGUCAUCGCCCUUGGCUUCUGGUACGGCUCCACGCUGCUGCUAAACAACGAGUACGACUCCGGCCAGUUCUUCACGAUCCUCACCGCCGUCGUCUUCGGGUCAAUCCAGGCGGGCAACGUCUUUAACUUUGUGCCCGACGUGUCCAACUUUCAGAAUGCGGCGAACGACACGCUCAAGAUGCUGGACAGCCAGCCGGAGAUUGACACUGAGAGCGACGAGGGCUUGAAGCUUCAGGAGAUGGAGGGGAACAUCCGAUUCGAAGGAGUCCACUUCCGCUACCCUACGCGUCGCAGCGUACGGGUGCUGCAGGGCUUGUCGCUCGACAUCAAGGCGGGAACCUACGUUGCACUGGUCGGACCCUCUGGCUGCGGCAAGUCGACUACAAUCCAGCUCAUCGAACGCUUCUAUGACGUGCAAGGAGGCUCGAUCAAGAUCGACGGGCAUGACGUGCGCGACCUUCAUCUCAAGACGCUGCGUAAGCAUGUUGCGCUAGUCUCUCAGGAGCCCACCCUCUACGAUGGGACAAUCGCGUGGAAUUUGUCACUUGGAGCUUUCGAAGACGCGAACAAGGUGACGCUCGAGGACAUGCGCAGGGCGUGUCGCCAGGCCAACAUCUUGCAAUUCGUCGAGUCUCUCCCCGAUGAGUUCGAGACGAAUGUUGGUGGGAAGGGCACGCAGCUCUCCGGUGGGCAAAAGCAACGUCUCGCCAUUGCUCGCGCCUUGAUUCGCGACCCCAAGAUCCUUUUGCUAGACGAAGCCACCUCUGCUCUCGACUCGACUUCGGAGAAGGUCGUCCAACAGGCUCUUGACUCAGCCGCACGAGGUAGGACGACGAUUGCGAUCGCGCACCGCUUGAGCACCAUCUCGAAGGCGGACAAGAUCUUCUGCUUCAAGGAUGGCCAGGUGGGAGAGAUGGGAACGCAUGCGGCUCUGAUGGCCAUGAAUGGGCUGUAUGCUGACUUGGUCAGGAUGCAGGAUCUGCAAGCGCACUAGUUGUCAGCGCUAGGAGUAGGUGCGAGAGACAGAUGGAAUCGCACAGCAGCUCGAAAUGUAGGGGAAAGCACAGCAUGACGGCGUCACUUUUGUUCAUAUCCCUUCUUUGGUUUACGUACACCCACACACAGUCAGAACGACAGAAUCUAUGCAUAUCCAAUUACCACUUUCACGGAAAAGUGAUUGAUUAUAGGGCGCUUUCGAUCUAGUAGACGCCGGGGA